AUGAAAACUACCGCACUUUUCGCCAGCAUGGCGCUCUUCAAUUUGGCCAAUGCUGCAGAAUUCGUACAAUUAAAUCCUGACAAAUUUGCUCGCUCCAUUAAUUCUUGUUACGAACAAUCUGCGCAAGCUAUCACCGCCCCCUCAGAAGAUAUAAAUCCUACUCAACUAAUUAGACGCCCUCACAUCGCUCAUGAAGCUGAGGUUGACUGUAUCUGCCAACUGCCCGAGUUUGCGCCAACAAUCGAGAACUGGUGGACGAGCGGUGCAACCGAGUGGAUCAAAGAGUACACUCUGCUCAACAGCGAGAAAAAACGGUUUCAAGAAUUAGGAAUCGUAGGCUUUAUUGCUGAGGAUUUGCUAAAAAAGACUAAUUUUAGAUGUGACGUCGAGUCGGUGCACAGGUGUGUGGUCGAGUGCCAAGACGUGGUCAGAAAAGUCGCAGACCCAGAGGUCGCAAGGAGAGUAUGGUUUGUUUUGAGAAGUGCUGUAAAUAUCGUUGAGGUUUCUAAGAUGGUGCAUGACUCUCUUGUUGCUGCCCAGCUAAAUAUGGCUCAGCUCGUACCUGUCAUCGCCGAUACUUUCUACUGGACACCCGGCAUGGAUGACCAAACCUGGGCCCUGAUCUUCACACAUACCGUCAAUACUCUCUCUUUCCUCUUUGGCCAGUUCUUCCCCAUGGCGCGUGGUAUGAUUCAAAUCAACCAGCUACUUGACAACAUGGCCAGUGCAGCCGCUGAGAACGCUGCCAUCGCUGAAACCAACUUGCAUAUUAUGGAGGAUGAGUUCUUAUCUGUCCCCGAGUACGGUGUCAGUCGCGAAGAGCGUGAUCUACUAUGGUCCAGACUUGAAUCACGUGAGGAGAGCUUUGCGUACUGGACCAAAAAGUCUGAGUGUACUGGCAAGACCGCUAGGAUUGCUAAGAUGGGAUUUACCGAUAUCCUUAUGGGACAGAUUGGCUCAGGUAUUAGCAAUGCAUUUGGUACCCUGAAUUCAUAUAUUAGUUUUGAGGCAAGCCAUCCUGGAUACGAAAAGCCGAGGGAGACAAACAAGAUGAGACUCGAUGCAUUUAUUAGGUCCUCCUCUAUGCGUGCAAGGGGGGCGUUGAGAGAAGGCAUCAAUGUCAUCUUUAGCGGAGCUUUGGCGGAAAGUGAUGGGUCAUCUAUAUUCUCCAAUUUCACCAUGGCUGGAAACUUUCUUCCUGACAGGUCUGGUGACGCACAAUUGUGGAGAGAUAUUGGUGCUGAGACGGGCCUCACACGUGGCCUAAUGCUGAAAACUCUAAACGCGGCCAUCAACUCCCAAGCAGUAUACAUCACCUGCUCCAAGGAUUACCGUAGGACUGCCACAGAUUAUAGGCCCACUGUGGAGAAGCAGAAAGCUGGUGCCGCGACCUGCAAAAAAGACAACUCAGGUCCCAAAGUCUUCAAAGCCUGCGUCGAGGGUUACUGCUGUUAUAUCUACAAAUGGAACAACAGAGGCUGGGCCCCCUCAUGGCGCAACGACAAGCUCUUCGGCGCCGAUGUCAUAGAUGAUGAGCCAUGGAACCUCAAGAUCACUGAUAUAAUCACCUCCUCCGUCCAAGCCUACAUUCAAGGCAUCCGUGAGACUACUCCCACCUACUCACUCACGGCCGGCAUCUUCCGAAGUCUCCGUAGCGAUAAUAUCGGCUCUCUCUGGGACCCUACCACCCCUGGUAUGUUCACUGUACCUGUAUGCUUCUCAACACACAACUGGGCUACCGUCAUCGAUGGAUAUCGCUUCCCAAGCAACGGUCAUAUCGAUGCACAGCCAAGAAAUUCAGUCAAGAAUAUGCCCUGUAACUGCGGCCCCUGGGGGAAGGACACUGAGCAGGUGUGGAAAGAGGUUGGGCUUUGGAGCCUCGAUCCUAAUGAUAGAUGGUUCAACGAUUAUACUACAAGCAAGUGCGGCUACCAGAUCUACGAUAAAAUUGAAGACCCUUUGGAGAAGUACGUGGCCUAUUGUCGUGUCAAAGUCGGUACCACGUGGAAUUUCAGGAUCAGAAAUGCGGGAGAGCACUGGAACUGCCCGAUGGUCCUAAGUGCUAUCAAGAAGCUGGGAUAUCCGGAUGUGAUGGACAUGAAAGAGAAUGAGCCCGAUGUUUAUCAAGCACUGUGGUGUCAUGCUAUUCAUCCAGGAUCGAGCAGGAAGGAGUGUAAGAACUACAAUGAGCCAUUGCCUGUUACGAUGGUGAAAUUAGGGAAGUGGGAUGCCUCUGAGAUAGCACAUGAGAUUGAACUAGGUCCAGGAGAGGAGCAGUUGGUGAAGAUGGUACUUAGAGAUGGUCGUGGGAUGCGGUCAACAGAUUAG